AGGGACAACAGUACGAUCAAAAAAACUUCAACGAAGGCAUUACAUAUAUAUUGUUUAUAAUCACAACUUUUCGAAGCUCGUGGAUGUACGUUAUAGUGAUACAUUGGUGAAAAUAAUUGGUGUUUGUUGUCUCUUCGUGUAUUGAAGAUUCUAGAUAAAGUCGUUUUGCGAAGACACACUGGACUCGCUUCGCACGCUUGCUGGCGUAAUGUUAUGACAAUAGCAAAAUAAUAAAGAUAAUAAUUCGGCAAAAACGUACUUCUACAUUAAUAGCGUCAACGAUAACACAAUCAAAGCUUCAAUUCAAUAAAAGAAAAAGAAGUUGAAGAUAAUUGUCAGGAGAGUGCAGCGGUGAAAAACAUUCACUAUAAAAAGAGUUAUCUUGCUUAUCCAAUAGUCGUCUGUCCAAAGUCGUUUGCCCAUUGCUAUUAUCAGUAUGCGAACGAGUAAAACAGCACCCGAUACUGGCGACGCAUACCUUCCAGAAACGUCGGCCUUUGGAACUUAUCCGUUCGGUUUUAACACAAUGAUUGGAUCCAACAACUGGUUUGAACUGCUUAAAUCAAAAAAUGUGUUCUCAGUGCGGAGGAAGUCGGUGAAAGGCAGUCAAAAACGAGAAUACAAACGAUCCAUUACGAUUGGUGGAGACAAACCACCGUAUAAUGUGACUGGAGUCAAGGAUGAUGAAAAAGAAGAAAACAAUAACAAAAUAAAGAGGGAGUUAUCAAAGCCAACGGCGAACAAUACAAAACUUGCCAUUCCUACUAUCAAUAUCAUUCGUGCAAGUGACGAGAGCCUGUUUGAACUGGUUAUCGAUGACUCUUCUGACGAUGACGAUGACGAUCUUGAUGAAAACGAAGAUCUCGUUUACGAAUGUCCUGGCCUUGCUGCUUCGACGGGAGACAUGUCAGUUGAAAAUCCCCUCUUUCACGAAAAACAGUUUGCGAACAGCUACAGAACACCAGAAGUUCCCGAAAAGUACUGGAAAGAUGUAUUCGUCGAAUCUGUGUAAAAUUCUUCGUCCCAGAACGUCAGACGACACAUCAAACCGAACAUGAACACAACUUGCUUGUCCUGUUUGUUGAUUUUGCAACAUUUUUAAUAAGACACGUAAAGUUUAACUGUAUAUAGAGCAAAACCAGUAAUCUAUUGUUGAAUAGUUAUUGUAUUUGUAAAUCAUAUUGAUUUUAUUUAGUAAUAUGAUGGAACUGUAAUCGCUUCGCAUUCAAUAAUAAUUGCGAAAUUGUUUCCCUGUAAAA